CGCUCGCUACAAUGAACGCGCGCUUGCAAAUGGAAUUGCGUUUCAAAUGUCAAAAUUCCAGUUUCAACACCGAGAUGAGAUUGAAUCUCUAUCAGCAUCAAGAUUCUUGCAGCACAGCCCUGAUAUAAGAGAUGCGGAGUCAAGACGGAGCAAGCGUUUCUCAGACAGAGUAAUAAUUAAUCAACAUUUUACUGAAAGAACACUUACGCCAGGUGGAGAUGUCAGCCUACAAUGUGCUGCAAUCGCAGAUCGACCACCACAGUUCACGUGGCAUCGCGAUGGGAUCCCAGUGUCUACUAACACUGACUCCAGAUACGCAUUUGGUCAAAUCAUGAGACCUGAUGGUUCUGUGUUGGCUCAGUUGAAUAUAACCAGGCUUCGAGUAGAAGAUGGUGGGUUUUACUCAUGUACAGCCACUGAGGGAGACCAAAUGGCGUCUCAUGAGAGCAGACUAGACGUUUAUGGUCCUCCAUACAUAAGAGCUUUACCCCCGAUUAAGGUGCAGAGUGGUGAACCACUAAACCUACGUUGCCCAUUCUAUGGGUACCCCAUUAGUAAAAUCGACUGGGAACACAAAGGUAAGAUUAUAACACCGAAUCUAUUCCCAAGUCGUUACAAACGUAGCCAACGAAGAACUCUCAAUUUGAAACGAAAACCGCGCAGUGCUGCCAACAUACACGGAGUUUUAACCAUACCGGAAGUGGGCAAAGCCAACAAUAACGCAAAAUAUACAUGCACGGUGACCAGUCCAUCUGGAGAAAUGGCCAGACGUGAUUUUGACAUUAAAGUCAUAGAAGCACCAGUUUUGGAUGACCUGCUGCUGGGAAAUAAUUUGCAAGAAGGCCAGGUCGCGAAUAUUUAUUGUAAUGUGCGAACUGGAGAUUUGCCGAUACAUUUUGAAUGGUUGAAGGACGGAAAACGGAUUCCUAGUAAUUUAAAGGUGGUGGAACGGAGUUCGGAACUGUUCAGCGCGUUGGUGAUCAAAAGUGUUGCAUUGGAGCACUGCGGUACCUACACCUGUGUGGCCACAAAUCACGUUGCCACUGUCAAUAAAUCUACAGAACUUUAUAUAAAAGUCGCGCCGAAGUGGUUGUUGGAACCCUCAAAUUCAUCAGUAGUUCUUGGGAAAAGGGGAAUCGUAUCAUGCAGCGCUACCGGAUACCCGCUACCACAGGUACACUGGAUGAAGAAGGAUGCAAUCCUGGGAACCUGGCAGCCAGUGCUGGAACUAGCUGGCGGUGGAAUCUUAAGUCUGGCAAAUGGUUCCUUGGUAAUAGACGAGGUAUCCCUGACCGAUGAGGGACUGUACUCUUGUAAUGUUGAAAAUGGAGUCGGCACGCCGCUCAGCAAAACAAUUUGGAUCACUGUUAAUAAACCUGUGCAUUUCGUAACAUCAUCGCCAAACGUGACGUCACGUGCUGGCCUCCCUUUGACCUUGGAGUGCGUUGCUAGAGGCGAUGAGCCCAUACAAAUACAGUGGACCCAAAACGGAAAUGUUAUUAACUUUCGUAAUCACAGGUUAAAACUAUCAGAAGUCAAGACUUCAUCAGCGAUUACCAGUUCUAUCACCAUCAACUUCGCUGAGACGAGGGAUGCGGGCGUGUACCAAUGUCGAGCCAGCAAUCCUUAUGGCGUAGCGAAUUAUAACUUGUAUAUAGAUAUAUUGGAACCCCCGACGCCUCCAACGGAACUGCGGGUGGAAUCGGUAAACUCGCGGACAGCGACGAUUUCAUGGCGAGGGAAGUCAGAACAUUACACACUGCAGCAUGCACCAGCUAAUGUACCCAGAUGGGAUGGAGCUGACACCAUCAAUAUUACUAGCAAGGAGGACGACAUCCGCCAAGUAUACAAACUCCAGAACUUACGUCCAUCAAGCUCCUAUUCCGUUCGAGUGGCGACUGUCAAUCAAGUAGCACUCAGCCAUUUUACUGACCCAGUCCAUUUCACCACAGAAGAAGAAGCUCCAUCGUCAGCACCGCAGCAGCUUCGCGUCUCUCAAACUGACGAACCAGGCGAGCUUUAUCUUAAAUGGUCACAACCAGAUGUAAAGACACUUAAUGGGCUCAUCACAGGCUAUCAUAUCAAGGCUGUGCCACAAAAUAUUGGGGCAGAUGAAGGAGAAACAAAGACGCUCAAAGUUUCUCAUCAGGCAGGGAAAUUGGAUACUACUGUUAGAGGGCUUCUGAAGAAUACUCGGUAUGCUGUUUCCAUAGCAGCUUCUAACAGCGCUGGCAUUGGUCCCUAUUCCACACCAGUAUUUCAGGAGACUAAAGCUGGAGCACCAGAAAAUGCCCCGACAUCUGUGGAAUGUACCGCGGUUUCGCCUACUUCAGUCAGAAUUGGAUGGCAACCGCUGCUCAAAACACCUGAAUUGCUGGGUUACACCAUUUUAUAUGCUACUGAAGAGAGUACCUGGCAAAACGCAACAUCACUCCACACAGAAAUGUAUCUUCAAAAUUUGAUGAAGUACACAAACUACACAAUUAAAGUCGCUGGAUUCUCCAGCUAUGGUGUGGGGCCCUUCUCUUAUCCAAUAAUAUGUGCUACUUUAGAAGAUGUACCUGGUCCACCAGCAGAUGUUAAAGCACUAGUGUUAUCACCAACCUCACUUCUUGUUAGUUGGAAAUCACCAGACCGACCUAAUGGGGAAUUACUAUAUUACACUGUGUAUGCUAAACCUGUUGGACUAAGUGGUGGAAUGACAUUAACUCAGCGAAUUGAACCAAGUAAAACCACAGCGGAAGUGAAGGAGUUGAGUGUUUCCCGUACAUAUGAGGUUUGGGUUUGUGCAUCUACCCGUGUUGGGGAAGGAAGAGCAAGUAAACGGCUGAGUCAAACCCCAACACAGAGAGUGGUAGCUGGUGUAUCAUCCCUGGGCGGAACAAUAUCCGUAGGAGCUGGUUCUUCUCUGCUCCUUCGGUGUGAGUGUGUUGGAUCUCCUCCUGCUCGCACGGUGUGGUAUCACAACCACAACAUCAUCACACACCAUCCCCGCUUCACUCGGAAUCAUGACGACAGUCUACUUAUUAAUAAUAUAGACCAAUCGUUGGGUGGAAACUACACCUGUUUGGCAAAAAAUCUUUAUGGUUCUGAUUCCGUGGAGUACACAGUAAUUGUUUUACCCUUACCCGAACCACCAGUAAUUCGGGCUACGCCAUUUAAAGACAGCAUAUUAAUUGAAUGGGAACAGCCGACCUUAAUAAAUAGGACUUUGGGACAAAAAAUUUCAUACAGCUUAACAUGGAAAGAAGCAAAUGGACCGUGGCAAGAUUCCUGGUCCCCCGAUGAGUUGCCAGAUCUACCAGACAAGUUGCCCAAAAGGGACAAGUCCACACAAAAGUACCUUCUGACCAGCCUGAAAUGUGGAACUAAGUACUCCAUACGAAUAACUGCCUCCAGCAAAGUAGGAACCUCACAACCGGCUUAUAUGGAGACUAGUACAUUGGGUGGAGUUCCGAUUCCACCAUCAUCAAACGAAUGGUUAUGGAGCAACAGUUCGCAUAUGUACAUCCAAUUGGCUGGCUGGGAAGGUGGUGGGUGUGACAUGAGGACAUGGGACGUGGAAUAUCGUCCGAUGGGAUCUCGGGUCUGGACUAAAGCUAAGAAUACAUUGUCAUAUUCAGAUACUAGCUGGAAUCUGCCCAUGUACCAAGCGAGCUACCGAUCAAGUUCAUUUGCGAUACCAGAUCUAUCUCCCGCAACGUGGUACCAGGUCCGCGUCACUGCCACUAAUGAAGCUGGCAGUGUUACCAGUAUUUAUAAUUUCGCUACAAAAAAUGUUGAUGGAACUGAAGUCGGCCCGCUUUCCGAUGUUUUUGAUCUUAACAUGCUCGUAAUAAUAUUAAGUUCUAUCUUACUUGUGGUCUGCCUAAUUUGUUGCAUCUACAUACUGUUUAUGAGGCAAAGAAACAACACUUUCAUAGAGUACAGAGACUCGAUAACCAUAGAUAAUAAAUCUGAGAAUGGCAUAACGAACACGUCACAUAGCAACUUAGCUGCAAAGGAAAAUGCAUUGAAUGCUCAAAACAGGAUAUAUAGCACGCCAAUACCAGUUAGAAACAAUAGCAAACAUGAACUCUACGAAAUUAGUCCGUACGCACAAUUUGCAGUGGGAUUUCGAACAUUCGGUCAUGUCGAAAAUCAAGAUAUACCCAGCGCCCACAGGAAGCAUCGAUAUGAUUCUGAGACAAGUUUCCAAAUGUGUUCGGAGUCGGAAGAUAGCGACACAAUAUCAAAGAACACCCUGAAAAGUAUUCCAAGAAGUAAAUGCUCAAAAGAUGUAUGUCGAACCCCACACUAUAGAUAGCCAGGAAAUAGAAAUCUAGAAGAGAAUAAAUAAAUUAUGUAAACGUAAUAAUAAUCCAUACCUUUUUAAAAUUUUCUAUGGAGUUGUUUGAAUUUAUUCACUGUAAUAUUUGGUAUUGGCAGAUUGUGUACGAAAUUAAAAGUUUUGAACACAACGUGGAAACGGUAUAAUAGUUGUUUUAGGGAAUAAAAAUAUACUAUUUAUUUAACACGAAUACUCGAAUUUAUUACAUUACUUAGUUUCGAGUGUUUUAAAGUCGUGGAUGACGAGAGUGUCUUAAAUUCUGGCUUAUAACUGUUUAAAGUUAUCUAUAGUCGAAAUGAAGUGUGAUUCCAAUUAUAGAAUUUAAAAUAAUUAACCGUUUCUAUAACCAAUUCAACUUAGGGUCCUUCAAGAAAAGAGCGUACCAAUUCUUAAAAGGCCGGCAACGCAAUCGCGAGCCCUCUGGCAUUGAGUGUCCAUGGGCGGCGGUAUCACUUAACAUCAGGUUGAGCCUCCCGCCCAUUUGCCCCCUAUUCUAUAAGAAAAAGAAAAUGUAUGAUGGUGACUUAAAAGACGAUAUGAUCUCCUUUCUGAAUUGGGUUGAGACGAACAAUGCAAAUAGCAGACAUUUCGAUGCUCAAUCUGAUAGACCGAAGUCUGUUUUAGUGAUAGCUUUUAAGUUUCUUUGUAUGUAAUCAAUAUCAAUCAAUCAAAUACGUUUAUUCAGUUUAGAUGCGUCUUAGGGCAUGCUUAUGAAUGUCAAGAUUGUUAACAAAAUUCGCCAAAGAACAAGACAAUGCCAUCCGUUCGCAAAACUAGCAGAAGGCCUUGUUCUAACAAGAACGGGCAAGAAACUCUGCUAGUCUACUCUCACUCUAGUCUACCCUCUCUCUAAACUACAAUUAUUCCAAGGAAAAUGUAAUUAAUAUUGAAUCCUAUCUAUAUAGGAUGUUUGCAUUAAUUCCUCAGUACGACUUUGAUUUCUAGAGGAAAACAUUAUGAUCCAGGAUAUGGGAUCGCCUAGUCAUUUUUGUAUUCCUUCAAACGGUUGUUAUACGAUAUACUUGAUGUUUUCAACUUUCUUAGGAUAUUUUAAAAUCUCUAUAAGUUAAUCAUUGGAAUAUAAGACUGAAUAUUGUUUUUAAUAAGUUUAAUAAAUUGUAUUAUUAUUUUCAAUAAAAUAUAUUUGUUUGAA